CUCGCGACCCUGGACCCCCCCUCGCAAGAGCGCACCUGGCAAACGGCCCCGCACCCGCGCCUCCCCAUCGUCGCGACCUGCAGCGCCGACAAGACCAUCCGGAUCUACUCGCUCACCAACUUCCGGUUGCUGUCAACCAUCACGGGCGGCCACAAGCGCAGCGUGCGCACCGCGGCGUGGAAGCCGCACGUCACGGGCGAGAGCGUGCUGGCAAGCGGGUCGUUCGAUGCGACGGCGGGGAUCUGGCGGCGGUGGGAUAACUACACCUCCUCCCAGAUUCAAUCGCAAUCACAGGGGAACGAGGACGGGGACGCAGCGUGGGGCACAUCCACAUCCACAUCCACCCACCCCGCCCACCCCGACCCAUCCGAAGAGAUCCCCGAGGCGGAAGACGACGACGAGGAAUGGCGCUUCGCCGUGCUCCUGGACGGGCACGACAGCGAGGUCAAAUCCGUCGCGUGGUCCGCUUCCGGCCUGCUGCUGGCGACCUGCUCGCGCGACAAGUCCAUCUGGAUCUGGGAGGAUCUGGACGACGGGGACAAUAACUUUGAGACCGUCGCGGUCAUGCAGGAGCACGAGGGCGACGUCAAGUGCGUCGCGUGGCACCCCGCCGAGGAGUGUCUGGUCAGUGGCAGCUACGAUGAUACGAUCCGCGUGUGGCGCGAGGAUCUGGAUGAUUGGGGCCAGGUGGCGUGUUUGCGGGGGCAUGGGGGCACGGUGUGGGGGGUCGAGUUUGAGGGGCCCCGGGAAGGACGGGAUGGGGAGGGCCAGGGGGAGGAUGCCGUGGAGAAGUACCGGGCGUUGUCCGGGCCCAGGAUUAUCUCGUGCUCGGAUGAUCGCUCCGUCAGGGUGUGGCGGCGGCAGCCGAAGUUGGGCAUGACGACGGAGUUGGGCCUGGGGAACAUGCCGAGUAUUAUUCGGCCCACGGGGUUGGAUGAAGUCUGGGAGCAGGAGGCGGUGUUGCCCGCGGUGCAUGAUUUGGCCGUCUAUUCGGUGGCGUGGAGUCGGAGGACGGGCUUGGUGGCUUCGGUUGGCGCGGAUGGGAGGGUCGUAGUUUAUGAGGAGAGGCGGGUUGAUGCACCGGUUCCAGAGGGAGGGGAGGGCGAGGAAGAUUCGAAGCUGUCGCUGUCGCUGCUCCCUCCGACGGAGUGGGUGGUCGUUGCACUCCUUAAUGGGGCGCAUGGCAUCUACGAGAUCAAUCAUGUGGCGUGGGCGAAGCGCGCGGAUCGGGGUCGCGACCCCUCCAAGGAGGAGGAGGUACUGAUCACCACGGCUGAUGAUGGCAGUGUCAAGGUGUGGACGGUGCAGCAGUGA